CGUGUUUGCGCAUAAAAGGCGCAGUAUUGAUGCUACUGAACAACUUCCGGAUUAACGGGCAAAAAAACAAAAGGUUUUUACAACCUUUACCAGGUAAUAAUAAGGAGUUUGAUGGAGUCACCAACACGACAGCGUUUAAGACAAGGGUAGGUAUUUAGUCCAAGUAGUGCCACGGAAAAUUCUACUUUGUGGGACGAAUAAAGGUACAUCUUAUCUUAUACUGUAUAUACAGAGAGUCCCAGAAAUGUAUACAUAAACAUCAACAUAAAAUAUAUUUAUAAUGUAUAAAUUACUCUUUUCUGACUGUCAGAUGAAUGGCAUCAACGAUUGUGCGACUACUUUAAAUGAAACGUAAUACUACACAUUGCUGCCAUAGUUUAAUUGGAGUUUUAAAAAGGGACAUUGAUAACCUGAGCCUCCAGUGAUGAACCUGGACUGCAUGUUAACUUCUCCUGUUCCACUGAAUUUUCAGUAUGACUGCAAAUCAGCUAUCCGUCAUCAAUCAAAUCAGGAGGGGUUCCCUGUUGAGUCUGGUUUCUCUCAAGAUUUUUUCCUAUUGCCAUCUUGGGGCGGAUGGCGGCACUCAUGAGUGUGAAGGUUUAGCGUCUACAGAAUUUUGGCCAUGCAGUGUAUAUUAAGACCAAAACAUCCACUCUAAAAUUAUAAUUUUAUUUAAAAUAGCAGUUUGUAGUGACACUUUUAAAACUACUUAAAAUUAGAUUUAGAGUCACAAUAAAACAGUUAAAAAUAUAAGAAACAUGAAAUACAGUGCAGUCGGUUCGUACGUAGCAGUCCGAAGUGAUUUAUAAACGAGUAAAAGUACUUUAAAAUUUAUCCUAAAUGUUACAGGGAGCCAGUGUAAAGGACCUGAGAACGGGUGUGAUGUGCUCAGAUUUUCUGGUUCUAGUCAGAAUCCUGGCAGCAGCGUUCUGGAUGAGCUGCAGCUGUCUAAUGGUCUCCUUGGGAAGGCCGGUGAGGAGACCAUUACAAUAAUCCAUCCUGCUGGUGAUAAAGGGUUAACUGCGAGAACAAUCAGGAGAUGGACUCCCCGCUGCCUCCCACCUCUGAACGCUUGGCUUAUCUGAGACCGUCUCGAGAGCUGCUGGAGUUUUACAGACAGAAACUGGCUCAGUUUGACGCAGAACACGAUGACCUUCUUCAGCUGCUUGAAAAGUACAAGAGCACUACAGAAGACCAGCACAGGCUGCAGUGGGAAGUGCGCCAGCGGGAAGAGGAGAUCGCGGAACUGCAGAAGGCUCUGAGUGACAUGCAGGUUUACCUCUUUCAAGAGCGAGAACAGGUUCUUCGGCUGUAUGCUGAGAACGACCGGCUUAAGAUCAAAGAGCUUGAAGACCGGAAAAAGAUUCAGCACCUUUUGGCUCUGGUUGGCCCAGAUGUAGGAGAGAUCACUUAUUUUCACAAAGAGCCACCACACAAGGUCACUAUUCCACAAAAGAAAAUCCAAUCCAGAAAUCUGGAGUAUGGAAAUGUGGCAAAGCCAAGGCCUGGAUCAUCUAAAGAGGGGGGUAAGAGACUGUCCAAAAGUGGAGGAGAGGACACAAACUCGGAGCAGUAUAAGGCAGAUAACCAGACACUUUUACUACAGGUGGCGGCACUGCAGGCACAGCUGGAAGAUCAGACACGACUGGCUAAAGAGCAGGUGGCAUCUCUGCUGGAAGACAGGCAAAUUCACUUGGAGGAGAAGCAGGUGCAGCAGCAGAGAGACCAGGAAAGAGUAUCUGCAUUAACUGAGAAACUCCAGCGCACACAGAACUUGCUCUACGACAGCACCCGGGACUUCCUGCAGCUGAAGUUUGAAAGUCGAGCUCAUGAGAAGAGCUGGAUGGUGGAGAAGGACCGGCUUCUGAGAGAAAAGGACUCGUAUCAGGAGAGAUUGAGGGAUACAUGCAGCUUCCAAGAGCAGCGAAGAGCUGUCACAACCCCAUCGCUCCUGACACAACCUACAACAGAGAGCAGGCAGAUGCAUCGUGAUGAGAUCAGGGCGCUACAAGAGGAGUUAAAACAAGCUCAUAAGCUAGCAGACAUGUACAGAGAGCAGUGUGUAGGUCUGGAGUCUGAGAUGGCACAGAUGCGAGAGGAGGGAGACGUGGGCCGAGAGAUCUUUAAGGAUCGUUCAGACAAGAUGGCCAAGCGUCUCCAGUUAAUGACUCGGCGUUAUGAAGCUCUGGAGAAGAGGAGAUCCAUGGAGGUGGAGGGCUUCAAGACUGACCUCAAGCAUCUGCGACAGAAACUCAAAGAUGUGGAGAAGCAGCUCUUUAAGGUGACUCUUAAUGUGGGCCCUGAUCAGGACUUGGCCAUCCUGCAUGAAGUUCGACAGUCUAACGCCCGCACCAAGAAAAUUCAGGAUGAAUUAAAAAGGCUUAAAGCAAAGAUAUACGAACAGGAGAAUGAACUGAGAUUCUGCUGAAUGUAAAAAUAUGGAAAUUCUUGUCCCUUGUACCAAUUUAACUCAGUGAUGACUUUAUCGGUUGUAAUUUAAGAUUACGUCUUUAUUUCAUAACCCUGACACGUAAGACAGUAGCCAUACACAUCAGAGGACUUAUUUGUGUACUUUGCCAUGUAGAAAUUUUACUAGCAUUUUUUAAAAUGUGAAAUCUGUUUUAGUUAUUUUUUUUUCAAAUGGAGUUAAUGAAAUCUUUUGUACUAUACUUUUGACUGAAAAAGUUUUGUAUAAUAAAGUAUUCUCUCCA